AUGCGGCACCAGCCCCUGACCCCCACUCUGCUGCUGCUACUGCUGCUGAGGUUCGGGGCUCGAGGGGCCAAAGCACCAAGAGCCUGUGGGCGCCCAAGGAUGCUCAACCGGAUGGUAGGCGGGCAGAAUGCUCUGGAGGGUGAGUGGCCCUGGCAGGUCAGCAUCCAGCGUAAUGGAAGCCACUUCUGUGGAGGCAGCCUCAUCACGGAGCAGUGGGUUCUCACUGCAGCGCACUGCUUCACCAACCUCUCAGAAACAUCCCUGUAUCGAGUCCUGCUGGGGGCACGGCAGCUGCUACAGCCGGGCCCACACGCCAUCUAUGUCCGCGUGAAGUGGGUGGAGAGCAAUCCCCUAUACCAGGGCAUGGCCUCCAGUGCUGAUGUGGCCUUGGUGGAGCUAGAGGCACCAGUGACCUUCACCAACUACAUCCUCCCCGUGUGUGUGCCUGACCCCUCCGUCAUCUUUGAGACAGGCAUGAAUUGCUGGGUUACUGGCUGGGGUAGCCCCAGUGAGCAAGACCGGCUGCCCAACCCGCGGAUCCUCCAGAAACUCGCUGUGCCCAUCAUUGACACGCCCAAGUGCAACCUGCUCUACAGCAAAGAUGCUGAGUCUGACUUCCAGCUCAAAACCAUAAAGGACGACAUGCUCUGUGCGGGCUUUGCCGAGGGCAAGAAGGAUGCUUGCAAGGGAGACUCAGGGGGACCCCUAGUGUGCCUCGUGGACCAGUCGUGGGUGCAGGCAGGGGUGAUCAGCUGGGGCGAAGGCUGUGCCCGCCGCAACCGCCCGGGUGUCUACAUCCGGGUCACUUCCCACCACAACUGGAUUCACCAGAUCAUCCCCGAACUACAGUUCCAGGGAAGGACGGGCAGCCAGCAGCGAGACCCCAAGGGCCAGCUGCGCCUUGGUGGGAACUCGGCCCCCUGCCUGGCCGCCCAUGCGCUCCUGCUGGUCCUCGUAGCCAUGCUCACCACCCUCUAA